UAGUUGUAUGAAACUUAAACACAAUUACAAUCAUUUGUACGUUAACCACAAGAGUAUAUUAUUUCAAAUCCGGUUAAAUGUUUUUUCGCCAAAUGUUUAUGUUUAAGUCUAUAACACUUUUUUACUUGAUUCUGAAUCAAGUAUUCAGUGGACAGCUAUCAAAAGAAAAAUAUCUCUCAAAAUUAUCACAAUAUAAUAUGUAUGGUCGUUUACUGAAAUUGGAUACGGGAUAUAGAGUUAAUAAUGAAGAAUAUCAUUUCACUGGAGCGGACCAAACGGUAAUGGAUAUGCACAAACGAUUAAACUGCUGUUAUAUGUACAGAAUUCAACACCACUUACAUCUUUUGAAACCACUGUUGGAAGGUGAAGGCAAGUCGGAAAUAAAGUUAAAUACGGUAAUACGCAGUUUGUCUCUUCGUGACGAAGUUCGUAUAAUGUUAAGGACAACGUUUAAUUAUGGUCACUGUUUAUUGACAAAUGCAUUAUGGUUAAUGUAUACGUUUGCGGAGUACAUUUAUUCGAUUGAUGUAAAAGAUAUCAACGAUCGGAUUACUUAUGUACUUGAAGCUCACGAAUACGUGCACGUUCGCCUUGAGCCCUGUUGUAAAGUAAAGUGUGAUCCGGCAAAUGAUUUUAAUGACGAAAACGAAAACAAGUGGAAUGCCGAUUUAAAAUCAAUUGAUAAUGUUCAACAUAAUUUUACACUUUUAGAGGAUAAUAGGGAUUCAAUACAUACACAAGUCCUUAACCAUUUAUUAAUAUCGAAUUUUAAUAAACAUGAUUUAAAUCUUUCUCUUGAAAUGUUGCUCUUUAAGGGAGUGGCGGACAACUCGUCAAUUCUUAAACAUUUCUUGGAAGUUUUUGGACAUAUUAACGAUUCAGAGUCGUUAUCAAAUAAAUUGCUCGAGGACUACUCAAAAACUAAAAAUAAUGCUUUGUUGGGCGAAUGGAUUCAAUACAUUGGAAAUAUACAGAAUAAUAUGAUUUCGUCAGAAUCCACGGACAAUAAAACGAAAUGGUCUGGGAAAAUAAUACCUACGGUUUUUGCAUAUGUUUUUAACUAUAAAAUGUCAACGUAUUUGUUUAAAUUCAAACGGCUUCUCAGAAUAAAAGAAAACAGUUUAGAAAAGGUUUUUAAAAUUUUUAAAAAGACCAACUUAAAACGCACUACUAAAAAUAUAAUUACAAAAAACAUUAAUACUGUAAAGGAAACACUUAAACAUAUCAUCCCAAAUUUCUAUGAUUGUGAAAUCGACUUUUCAACCAAGUUUGAUGACAGUUUUGCAAUAAGUUCCAUUAAAAUUAUAAAAGACUUUGUAGCGGCUAAUGAUUUAACCGAGAAAAGAGUUACUUUUUAUUUUAACAAUAAUUUGUUAAUGAAAGAUAGUAUUUUGACUGCUUCAGUGUUUAUACAAUAUACCAGAAAAGUUUUCAGUACAAUAAACUUAAACAUGGUUAAUUCAUUUAAUGCUUUUUCAGCCAACGCUGGACAUAAUUUAGUUGACCAUUUAUUGUAUAAACACAUUAGUAACGAAAAAUAGACAUAAAGAUUAUUGCAUCGUUUUAAAUAAAAUCUAAUGAAAAUCAUGUUUAUU